AUGAUACUUUCCAAUAAGAGAAAUGCUAGAAUUUUAAGCAUAACGAUGCUACUACUGUUAUUAGUUUUCUUUAUAGCACAGAAUGCGAACUUUCUGGCAAUAGAGACAAAGGAAGAGGAGAAGCCCCCACAGUUAUUUAGUGUUGGUAGGGAUAAUAUAGCUGGUAGAUCGUCAAGGGGAACUGCUGCCGUGCCAACAUCUACCACAAAUAAGGGAAACUCUGAAGUAGAUGAGGAGAUUAACGAAAUAAAGCAAAGAGUGGGACUCCAGCAGCCCGUAGCUUCGGCGGAUGACAGUUUGUCUGCUAUCAAGAGUGAUAAAGGUACGGGAACAGGUAAAGGAUUCAAUGUGCAACAGGAAUACUCGCUCAUGUUAGAUUUGGCACCGGUCAUAAUAUUCAGUAAGAGCGUCUGUUCAUAUAGCAAAGGCUUAAAAGAACUGCUUGAAAGUGAAUAUCAAUUCGUACCGAACUAUUACAUCAUAGAACUUGACAAACAUGGGCAUGGUGAAGAGCUCCGAGAAUACAUCAAGUCCGUGACCGGUAGGGGAACGGUUCCGAACCUUUUGAUCAAUGGGAUAUCAAGAGGAGGUAGUGAAGAGAUUAGGAGAUUGCACUCUGAAGGUAAACUUCUAGCUUCACUGCAAGAGUGGAGCGGUGGAAAAUUCACUGUCGAGCAACGUGAAAAGCCUUCAAACAAUUGA